CAAAGAUGGCGUCUGGAAAUCCCUUGAUAACACUAGAACGAAUGCUUAAUGGCAGGACAACGUUAAAAACACAGAAGGUGACACACACAAAUAUCGUGUUGACAGUAGAGAAAGAAAUUAAAGAAUUUUUGAAAGGCUUCAUUUGAGGGGAAAGCCUUCAGGCUGAAGGCAUUGGAACAGAACUUUUAAAUGAAAUACAACAAGUUAUGAGAGAAGAUAAAGGAAAAGCUGUUCGAGAAGCUGUUGCUGCAGCUGAAGCAAAAGCACGUGCGGAAUUGAAAAAAGCUCUCCAAGAGCAAAAAGAACAGAUGGAGGGAGAGAGAGAUCAUGCACUGGAGGAAGCUAGACUGCAAGCGGAGGAACAAAUGGCAGAAAUUAGGUACAGAUGUGAGGUCGCAGAAAAAAAGCGGGCUCGCUCGGCGUUGGAAAGAUUUCAAAUAGAAAAGAGUGAUGCUUUGCAAAAAGCAGCUGAAGAAGCUGAGAAAAACAAACAGGAAGCUCUGAAAAAUCUUACGGAGACGCUCGCAAGAAAGCUCAGAAACGAAGCAGCCCUUCAAAGAGAACUGGCUGUUAGUGAAGCACUUGCAGUUGCGAGGAAAAAUGCCGAGCGUCGUCGACAAGAAUCAAUCGAAGAAACAAAACUAGAAUGUGAAAGAAAAUCUGCCGCAGAAGCGUCAAGAGUUGCGCGGGUCCACCAGAACAAAGUGAAUGAACUCAAUCAAAGGAUUGAUCAGUUGGAAAGAAAUUUAGAAGCUGAAAACGACGCAAAGCUCAAAGUAGAGAAUUUGUUUCAAGAAAUGAAAGAAGACUACAAGAGAUUUCAGAAUUAUACCAGAGGAUUUCAUUCGGACUUUCUUAUGAAAUAACCAACGUAUUUGUGCAGGAUUAUUUUAAAGGUGUUGGUAAAUAUUCAGAAGGCACUCAGUACACAGUCAUAACAAGCUCUAGAGGAGUUAUUUGUACCCACGCACGAUCUCCCAGAAUCAAAUAAGAGAAUUUGUUUUGUUCACGGGGAAAAAAUCAUUAAUUCUCUCUUAUUACGACGAAAGCAUUAUAAAUGUUGCCAGAAAGCAUUAUUUAUACAUGAGAAAUUACUGAUAGUUUGAUUUUAAAUUUCUAUGUGGAAAAAAAGGUAUGGAACAUACAGAAGCCGUAAUUCUUCUAUAAACUGCUGGGUUUGGACGAUCAUAAUUUAUUUUUUUGCUCUUGACCAGAGUUGCUAUUAAUUUUGACUCGUCGAGCACUAUUUCCAGAUAAAAAUUUCACCCCUUGCCAGCUAGUGGUAUAAUUAAUUCCCAAUUCGUUAAUUUGCCAUUUGCCAUUUCAAACGUACGCAAAGAAAAUGAAUUGGCACGACUGUUCUUUAAAUUAAAGAUUGGGUUGAAAAAAAAAGGAAAACAAUCUUGCCUUAAUCUUGAUGGACAGAUUUUCUAACCAGUCGGUAAAAUCAAUUUGUUCUCUAUCCGGUUCAGGUAGAUAACCUACUGGGCUUUGCCAAAACAAGACAUUGUUUUGCAUACGGUUUACUCGCCAUUAAUGUACGCAUUUUCAAAGUAAUGAAACCACAAGAGUGAAAUUCCCUGUGCGGUCGCAAACGGAGCAUCAAUUUGAACUCCUUUUGUACUUUUUCAUGUCAGCCUAAUGGAAGGUUUCAAUUGGAAACGAAGAACGAACCAAAAACAAUAUUGCAAUCGCUCAACUCUGCGAGCGAUCACUCAUGGUGAAGAUAAGUUUAAACGUUAUAAUUUAUGCAUUACACCUCAAUGAUAAUAAAGUACUUUU